CCUGCCUUUAUAAGCGCAGUCGACAAAGUCGAGUCAGGCCAAAAUGCUCUGGAGCGCUUUGUUGUGUGGGCUAUACCUGGUGGCCGGAGUACUCAAGGCCGACAUUGCACGAGCGCAAGCUGUUUAUCGUCGCGAAGAUGCCCGUUGUCUUCCUUGGGUACCCUGCGAGAGGGGCCUGGACGGAGAGAUUUUAAUGGAGAAGAAUCAAAUAGAAUCAACAGAUUCGUCACCCUCCACUGUACCUGAAGAAGCGCACAUACUUGACGACGUUACGCGGUCCGAUUUGGAUGACACUGAUAUCGAUGGAAAUUUUACGCUGGUCCACCUUGGAGGCGAUCCGACUUUUCAGCCACCGUCCGCGCUUCAUUUAUCAUCCCGAUCUGACGCUGAAGCGCCUCACGAGACCGAACUGGACAUCAGGUUAACGGCCGAUAACGAAAACCAGAAAGCUGAAGAUGCAACCGCUACCAGCACUGUUGCGACCAACGAGAAUUUGACAGAAGUAAAUGUUUUUUUUGAGCGUAGUGAAGAAAGCGAUAAGCUUCAAACACGCCCCCAAGGACGAACAAUGGAGGCAUUUAGUUUGGAUGAACUCAAUGCACAAGCAUCAUCGCCAUAUCGGCCUCUUCAUCCAAAGCUACCUUUUCCUCCAAUAUCAGAUAACUACACAGAAACCUAUGCCAAGAGCUAUUUUGAUCCCUUGAAUGGUGAAACCGAGAUCUGUGAAUGUCGCCGUGUCCGAAAAUUGUCUCACCUUUUAACAGUAGGAGUUCCUGAAGAUGAAAUGAUUGCCAUUAGCAGUACAACCAGGAAGCCCGGGAGUAUCAUCACACGCCGACCCAAAAUACCUAUUCGCAUCUGCACUCAAAAUAGGAUUCGUGUUCCCUGCCAUCCAAAUCCUGGUAAAGCGACAGUUGAUUCGGAAUCGAUACAUAAUACGAUUAAGCAAACCUCUUCAACUGAAUCUGAACGUCUUCGCCGUCCGAUCCACGAUCAGGGAAAGAUUCAGAUUAUUCGAUCCCCACCCAUAUAUCGUCCUCAUUCAACCGAAGAAAUCGAAGUUGGCCAUAUCAGGAUUCGGCAGCCAGUUCAACAGGAACACAUUAUUCAUUCGAAACGAACGACACCUCUGCCUCGAUUCCCCGUCAUUCCAGUUAUCCCUGAUAGGGGACCAACCAUACAUAGUGAUUUCGACUUGAUCCAGAACCCAAAACAGGUCAUUGUUAGUAAAGGUGGGACACAUAUUCCAGUUCUAAAGCCAUCUCAGAUCCAUGCAGGUGGAAGUAUAAUUGUUACGAAUUCCGAGAAAGCUCUAAAGAGCGAGGACGAACUAUGCAUCUUGUUGAAGCGAAUGUUUGCAACGCAACUGAAAAAACAUGAAAGUGGAACAGUAACAGGUGAACAGAUAUAUAAGUAUCUAUUACCCUAUCGGCACAUCGACGGGUCAUACGAAACACACGGACGGCCAAUCCAUCAUAUUGGUGAGACCAUUUAUCAUAAGCGGCUACCGCCUGCUAUUGGAAUCGACUCAGAUGAUCUGUUCGAACUCCAACAGCCUCGUACACACGUUCGGUGGCAGAAAAAACCGGAAUCAUGGCCAGAGAACGUCAGAGAGGACACAGUCAUGAAACGAAUCGUAGGCAUCGAUGGUGGCCAUGCGAAAGGCGAUGCGGAUAUUUUCAUCACAAAGGCGUCUGUAGAAGACCCUGAAACUUAUCAUGGACCUACUAGAAUUGGUGGCGGUGAUAAGACAUUGUGGCGGAGCGUGCCAAAGCAGAGUGUAUAUCAAGAAUCCUGGACGUCAGGACCUUACGCUAUCGCCGUGCAGCGACAACGCCAGAGUGCAACUGUGCAUGAGCAUCCACUAAACGAAGAAGCUGUUAUGGAAAGUCGCCAAACAAAGGAUGAUACUGGAACCACCCUGGCCAUUAAGCAGGAAGAAACCGAUCCGACUGUGAUUUCAUCUGAGGAUAUGAGGCUGAAUGAACCGGGUUGUGGUCAAUUGAUGACAUUACGAAGCCAAAUUGUCAACAGAGAACCAGCGCCGGAGGAAAGGUUUCCUUGGUUGAUUAAUCUAAGGAUUGUUCGCGGUUCACAGUUCAUCUGUACUGCAUCACUGAUAACCCGAAGGUUUUUACUUACGGCUGCCCAUUGUAUAUUGCAAGGUGGUAUGUUUCCUUCAUCAAUCGAGGCAGGGUAUGGUAGUGUUAACAAGAAGCAAGCCCAUUACGUUACAGUUUCAUCCUUUAAAUUGCAUCCGCUUUAUUCUCGUGUACCAUUCGAAAAGCAUGACAUCGCUCUGCUUCAGCUCGCACAUCGCUUAGAUCGAGAAUUAGCUCGACCCAUUUGCGUUUCGGAACAAGCGAUAGCAGCCGCUAAUGGCGCGAAUUUUGAAAACGUAGAGAAAGAGCUGGCCACGGUCGCCGGUUGGGGUGAUGACAAGACAACAGGUGGAAAAAGUUUGGCCAUCUUGAGAUAUGGGAAAGUGGAUAUUGUGCCCUCGGCGGAAUGUGUGAAAUUUUCGAAGUUGGCCCAAGUGGGCUUCGAAAAAAAUUUACAGAUUUGCACGCUAGGCAAUGGGACUGACAACUGCCUUCAGGGUGACUCGGGCAGUCCGAUUAUGGUGCUUCGUGGGUCGAAAAGCGGGCUGACUUUUCCUGAAGGACCAAUGGAACAACGAGGAAUCGUUUCUUUUGGGUUUUCGUGCGCCUCGCCAACUCCAACUGUUGCUACACGAGUUGAUUACUAUAUCAAUUGGAUCAGAAGUUCUUUACAAGAGUGGUCUUCAGAUCCUGAGGUUUAUACGUUCGAAAAGCCGGCGCUGAGUUACGAGCCGUCUGCUGUAGAAGUCGCCAGAAAAUCGCCAAAGCAAUCGGAUUUGACGGCAGAAAGAACCAGAUAACCUUCAGUAAAGCUGAGACUCAUCUACGUUGCCAUUUGGUCGAUGAUCCUACUCUGAUGUGUAUUCGCACUCUCGCUACGCUUCAUGCUGAAUCAAAGUCCCUAGGGCGAACAGUAUCAAAUUAUAUAUAUAUAUACACAUUUAUUUGACAAUACACCCUGACGAUCCAAUAUACGCGCGUAUUCUUUCUCUGCGGUUGGCACCCGAUGCAUCACGGACUUUUCAGAUACUUCCGUGAUUUUUUUGCUCAACAAUAUGAUGCCUGGACGACAAUCUUAUAUACCUAUUUAGCCAUUUUAUAAAUAUGUCGUAAUAGUAAUGAUAACAAAAGCCAUCAUAUAGCCAAAAAAAUGUAUUAAUGUACAUGUAAAAUAACCUCCUUCAUUCACACAGGUUCAUGGGAUUUGAAGCAGAGAAUCGUAGUUUCUUUCGAUAGAAGGUUGGCCCUAUAAGCUACGGAAUCUCCUAAAAAGAUGUGCACAAUGUUCAUAUUAUUUUUUGACAGUACGGUGAUUGGCGUCAAUUAUGUGAUUUUAGUGCGAAGAGCCCCGGUAAAGGAGUAAAGUAAAAUUGGAAUCUAAGAACAUAUUUUAACGAUAAUCUUUCAAAAGGACGGGUUGGACCAAAACGUCCCAUAGAAUACCCUAUAUGUUCUCCAGUCUAUCACACCGAAACAUUUAAAAACCAAAUAUAAGCAGAAAAGCGCCACCACGCCAAGCGAAAUAUCCUUUUUUCGACCAGAACGAUAUUCAUUUUGAUUCACAAGUUAUACAUUUUAUGCUGGAAUUAUUUUGCAAUUUAAAUACGAAUUAUAUAUUGAUAAAAAUUGCAGUCAUAAUUAUUCAGACUUUUUUAGCACAUCCGAAAACAUUGCACCGAUUCUUUAACCUGAUCCGUUUGUGAGCUGGGAAAGUCAUACUAAUAAUGAACUAUAUAGCAUCACAAUAUUGCAUGAUUCUACAGUAUUAUAAAAGAUACAAUAUGCAGACAUGUUAUCACAAAUAUCUGAGCGCGCGAACAUUCGAAAGUAAAGUACUGCGUGUAAAUCAAGAGUACUAUUAAGUUAAUUUAUGAAUUACCUAAAUCACAAUAGAAAUAUUUAUCCUAAAACGGUUAAUCAGGUUCCACUGUUCAUCAUUUGUUUUCUGCAAUAACUUUGUCGCCGCAAUGGAUUUCCAUUAAAUAAAAAAAAAAUGUAAUAACUAAUGAUACGCAUUUACAUGUACGAAUACAAUGCAAACGAAUUCGUACCGAAGUCGUCAUCUAUUACAACCGACCUCAUAAAAAUCUACAUCAAGUCAUGCCUUCAUAAGGUCAAUGUUUCGAAGCCCAUAUUGCUUACACACGUUCGUAUUUGUCCACGUGUGUUUAGAUGGGAGAACUGCUAUGAAUAAACUGUUUACCGCGCUCAUUAUAAGGUGCACGAUCAGGUAAUAUUCUCGACUGUAACGUUUCAAUAACAGUGCAAUAAUUAUCGUUGGAAAAAUUUUCUCACUGAAUAAAUAGUAAGU